CGAGUAUUCAUUGAAAUAUCUACACAGUACGAGCCCAUUUUACGAGCCACCAACGAAAUAGCUGGCCCAACCCGGAUACGCAGAGGUGUGAUCAAUAUUGAUAAUUUCGGUCUCUGUGCAUAGCGCCUAGAGGUAUUUAAGUAUCCUUGAUGAGGACAGCUCCUCUCCGGAACAUGCUUUGAAGAAAGGGGAGAAUAGAAGUUAUCACACCACAAGUCUGCAGUAGGCCUAGCAUAAUUCUAAAAACGUACAGUGGGAGUGGGCGUAGGUAGGUGUGUGUGGUACGAGUUUUCCCAGUCGUGGAUAGUUGUAUGCCGAAUAGUGUGCUGUGUUGUAAGCUACAAAAAGCAUCGACGAGAGAUGGCGGAAUGUGGGAGGAAGGCGCUGUCUGUCCUGGAGGCGGCUCGCUCACGCUACGAGAGCUUGCAGAUCUCAGAUGAUGUUUUUGGGGAAUCGGGAGAUGACAGCAGCGACAAUCCUUUUUACAGCACUUCGGGUGACUCGAAUUCGGAUAACUGCUGCAUGGAGGCCGGCGACGAUCAAAGGUCAGGUGAGACUGUGAGUUGUCAAAGCGGAGGUCCACCCGGCUCCGUCUCAAUAACUCAAGCAGAAGAGGAUGGAUGGAGCGACACCCUGCAAGAUAUCACGGUGGCCCCAUACAACGAGACAUAUGGCCCUACCCAGAGAAUGCCAGCUACAGCCACUUGCAUGGACUUCUUCCAGCUCUUUGUGCCUGACAACGCCAUCCAGAACAUGGUGACGCAGACCAACAUGUACGCCAAGAAGUACCAGGAGCGCUUCGGCAGCGACGAGGGCUGGCGGAACGUGACUGCGGCUGAGAUGAAGGCCUUCCUGGGCUUGGUGACUUCCACCAGCGUUCACCGCUGUGAGUCCGUGCUCAGCAUCUGGAGCAGCGGCUUCUUCAGCAACCGCAGCAUUGCACUCAAGAUGAGCCAGGCGCGCUUUGAGAAGAUCCUCAAGUACUUCCACAUCGUGGCCUUCCGUUCCAGCCACGGCAGCCAUGGCCUCUACAAGAUCCAGCCCUUCCUGGACUCACUGCAGCAGUCGUUCGGCUGCAGCAGCUUCCGCCCCUCACAGACUCAGGUGCUCCAUGAGCCCCUUAUUGACGAGGACCCAGUGUUCAUCACCACCUGUACAGAGAGAGAGCUGAGGAAGAGGAAGAAGAGGAAGUUCAGUCUGUGGGUCCGCCAGUGCACAUCCACUGGUUUCAUCUGUCAGAUCUAUGUGCAUCUGAAGGAGGGCCAGGGUCCUGAUGGAUUGGCCACCCUGAAGAACAAGCCUCAGCUCCACAGUAUGGUGGCCAAACAGCUGUGUCAGAACCUCUCAGGCCGCAACAGCAUCAUCUUCACCGGGCCCAGCAUCACCAGCCUCAACCUGUACCAGGAGUUUGAGAAACAGGAGAUCUACUGCUGUGGGCUGCUGAGCACCAGGAAGAGUGACUGCACCGGCCUGCCCCAGUGCAUGCUGGUGAACCCUGAGAGCCCACAGCAGAGAGGCCAGUCCCGCAGCAUGAUGAGAGGCAACACCUCCCUCAUCAGCUGGUACAACAAGGGACACUUCCGCUUCCUUACCAACGCCUACUCACCCACCAAGGAAGGGGUGAUCAUCAAGAGGAAAAGUGGUGAGAUUCCCUGUCCGCUGGCUGUGGAGGCCUUCGCUGCACACCUCAGCUACAUCUGCAAGUAUGACGACAAGUACAGCAAGUAUUUUAUCUUCCACAAGCCCAACAAGACGUGGCAGCAGGUGUUCUGGCUGACCAUCAGCAUCGCCAUAAACAACGCCUAUAUUCUGUACAAGAUGUCCGAUGCCUACCACAUCAAGCGCUACAGCCGAGCUCAGUUUGGUGAGAGACUGGUGAGGGAGCUGCUGGAUUUAGAUGACUGCUCCCCCACCCAGUGAGGAGACCACGUAAUCUGUAUAAUAUACACCCACACACACCGUCACGUCACACACGUACCCACACAGACCGUCACGUCACACACGUACCCACACACAC